UGCCACUGGUCCCAGGAGGUAACCCUGUCACAAAGCCAUGGGACACCUAGUCACGGGGGUCAGGCAAUGAAUGAGGGCGCUUGCGCAGUAGAGUCAAGAACAGGGGAAGCGGGCGCCUGCGCAAAGAGGGAGUGGUCGUCCGCUCCCCGCCCCGUCUCUGCCAAGGCGCGCUAGCGCAGUUAAGAUCCGGCAGCAGAGACCGCCUGCGCGGUAGUGGCCAAGGAGGCUGUGGCGGUAGCGGUAAUGGAACCAGCGGAGCAGCCGAACGAAUUAGUGUCAGCCGAGGGCCGAAACCGGAAGGCGGUGCUUUGCCAACGUUGUGGCUCCCGGGUACUGCAGCCAGGGACCGCUGUCUUCUCCCGCCGACAGCUUUUCCUUCCCUCCAUGAGAAAGAAGCCAGCGCUGGCUGAUGGCAGCAAUCCUGAUGGUGAUCUCCUCCAGGAACACUGGCUGGUUGAUGACAUGUUCGUCUUUGAGAACGUGGGCUUCACCAAGGACGUGGGCAACAUCAAGUUUCUAGUCUGUGCAGACUGUGAAAUUGGACCAAUUGGUUGGCAUUGCCUAGAUGACAAGAACAGUUUCUAUGUGGCCUUGGAACGAGUUUCCCAUCAGUAACUGAGGGGAGGGGACCUCAGUUCCACCCCCAACUAUACAGACUACUCCCCACAAGAAAUGGCAUUUAACCUGGUAUAAUUGUUCUGCGGCCUUCUCUGUACUAAUAUAAAAUUUUGAGUACGAGCAGGUCCA